AUGACAGAACGCAGCGCACGCAGCGCACGCAGCGGCUUCUCGCAAGGGGCGCAAGACUCUGUCGGAGCUGCCUCGACGACUGCGGAGCAGCGCGCGCUCCUGGCCGACGACAAGGGCUCUAGCAUCCACUCUCCCGCGUUCACGCUCCGAGCGAGGAUUCUCGGCGAAUACGGCCACCACCCCUUACAGGAUGCGGGGCCGCUGGAGACGCUCGCGGACCGCGCGGACAUGAGCGACGACGAGGCGGUCGGUAUCCUCCUGAAUGCGAUAAAGGAACAUGAUAAAGAUCCCAACUUCUCGCAAGCGACGAUGCGGCGCAUCAAGGAGCUCGUCCGUGGUCCCUCGGCCCUCGCGCCAGAUCCCCAGUGGAGCAACGAGUGUAAGGCCCAAGCAGCCAUGAUCCGGUACCACAGCCCGUAUGCCGAGGUGCGCGCCGUCACUGACCCGGUGGACGACGCGGACGUCCCCGUCGAGACCCUCCGGGCCUAUCUGCUCGGUAUAAUCCUCAUGGGCGCCGUGACGUCGCUGAACACGACCAUGGACGCCAUGUCAAACUACCUCCGCCUCUCGACUGUGUUCUCGACGAACAAUCCGGGCCUCUCCAUCGGCACAACUGUCAUGCAACUCGUGCUCGCGCCGUGUGGGCGUUUCCUCGCCUGGGUCCUGCCCGACUGGGGAAUCACGAUACGCGGCAAGCGCAUCAGCCUGAACCCCGGCCCGUGGAGUGUGAAGGAGCAGACACUGGCGACGAUCAUGUUCUCCGUCGUGCAGGGCGCCGCAUCAACGUACUACGUCUACCUCGUCCAGCGGCUGCCACAGUACUACAACCAGUCAUGGGUCUCGUGGGGCUACGAGAUCACGCUCGCGCUCUCAGUGCAGUUUCUCGGGUUCGGAUUCGCGGGCCUCCUGAGGCGCAUCGCCAUCUACCCGACCACCAUGCUGUGGCCCAGCGUCCUGCCGACGCUGGCAUUGAAUGGGGUCCUGUGCCAGAAAGGGAGGACGAGGGGGGAACAGCCCGUCCAUGGCUGGCAUGUGUCGAGAAGAGAAUUCUUCCUCGUUGCUUGCACGGGUAUGUUCCUCUGGUGGUGGAUACCCAACCUCGUCUUCCGUGGGCUGAGGGCUUUCAACUGGAUCACUUGGAUUGCGCCGCAGAACUUUGAGCUCGCUGUCGUUACGGGCUUCUAUGGCGGAAUGGGCUUCAAUCCCAUGGCAACACGAGCUGAUCCCAGUGAAAUCCAGCAGUACGCCUCUCGUGUCCUCGCUGGCCUCAUCAUCAUCGCCCUGUACUGGACCAACUUUGCGUGGUCUGCAUAUCUGCCCAUCAACGCGUACGAAGCCUUCUCGAACACGGGUGAGCACUACAAUGUGUCGCGCAUCAUCACAGACAGCCACGUCGAUCUCGACAAGUAUAAGACGUAUGGGCCCGCGUACUUCUCGGCCUCGAACGUCUUCUCCCAGGGCGCCUGGUUCGCGUGGUACGGCAUGGUCGUCUUUUCUGUGCUCAUCAAGCACUGGCCGCUGCUACGCAAGUGUGCCGCAGGACAGUGGGCUACACUGUGUGGCCGCUCAACACUCUACGGAGAGUACGACGACGCGCAGACCCGGUACAUCCGCAAGUUUCCGGAAGUGCCCGAGUGGUGGUUUCUCCUCGUGCUCGCCAUCUCCAUCGCAUUCGGCAUCGCAGCAGUGACUGCCUGGCCAUCAGCAACGCCGUGGUGGACGAUUCUGGCCGUGCUGGGCAUAUCCAUCGUGUUCGUCGUGCCGUCGCAAAUCCUCUCCGCGGUCGCAAACACGAGCGUCCCCACCACCGUGCUCUUUCGCACGAUCAGCGGCGUGUGGUUCGCCGGCAGACCCGAGGCGGCCAUGAUCACAACCGUCUUUGGGAGCGCGUUCAACACCGGCGCGAGCCAGUAUGUCAUGGACCAGAAGAUGGCGCUGUACGCGAAACUGCCCCCGCGGGCUGUGUUCCGCGCCCAGCUCAUUGCCGUGCUCCUCCAGUGCUUUGUCUUCGUGGGGCUUUUGCACUGGAUGCUGCACAAGUACGACGAUGGCGCGCUGUGCGAGAGUGGCAGCUCGCACUACAUCUGUUUCGACACGUCGCUCCUCUACGCCAACUCGAUCAUGUACGGCGGUCUCGGCGUGCCGAACCUGUUCAAGCUGUACCCGCUCCUGCCUUGGUGUUUCCUCCUCGGCGCCGUUGUGGGCAUCGCCUACGGUGUAAUCUACCGCUGUGCGCCGGCCAUACAUCGGUGGGCUGAGCGCCGCUGCCCCACAAAAGUCUAUGACCGCCUGCACGCAACCUGUGUGAGCGUGUCGUGGAUGGAGUGGUUCGACCCCGCCGUGUCCUGGUCUGGCGCGCUGAACUGGACAGGAGGCAACAACCUAAGCUAUGCCACGAACAAGGUCGUCCUCAGCUUUCUGUUCAUGUACCACAUCAAGCGCCGCUAUCCCGCCUGGUGGAGCAAGUACAACUACAUCCUCGAGGCUGGGUUCGAUGCCGGCGCAGCCUGCGCAGCCAUCAUCAUCACGCUCGUGUUCGACUUUGCGAUCCACAUCGACCUUGCAUGGUGGGGCAACACUGUCUCUCAGGCUGGCGUCGACUGGCAGCUGUGGAACGGGAACGCGAGCCUCCUCCCCAUUCCAGACAAGGGUUUCUUUGGUCUGCCGCCAGAGCAGUAUCCGAUGAACUUCUAA